GUUCAUACAUGAUCGUUUUUUACAUUUAGUACCGGUAUACUAGGGAUUGCUAGCGCUUCCAUCGGAAAAUUGUCGUUCGUGCAAUUGCUACUUUGUCAUUCCAGUAGCCCAACUGUCCUUGCAAAAGCUAGUUGCUCACAUACACUAGACGUUUCUCGCUGUACUAGAUCACCUUUACCGCUUUCUGCAUCUACCAUUCAACGACUCCUUUAUACUUCUCUGUGCUUUAGCAACGCGGAGCACAACAGUAGUCUGCAGGCUAGAAGCACGGGGCUUUUAGCCCCGUUGCUUUCCUGCUAGUGCUUUCGCCGCAGUAGGACCUUCUUUCGCCAGCGGGCGCUCGGGAAAGGAUGGCGCGCAAUGAAGAGAAGGCUCAGUCUAUGCUUAACCGCUAUCUGGCGGGAAAGCUAGACGAGAAGCGCGGACCAAAGCAAAAGCGGCCAUACCUUGCGUCGGAAUGCCGCGACUUGGUGGAGGCGGAUAAAUGGCGGUCUCAGAUUAUCCGGGAGAUUGGAAAGAAAGUCAUGGAGAUUCAGAAUGAGGGCUUGGGAGAGCAUCGCAUCCGCGACCUGAACGACGAGAUCAACAAGCUGAUCCGCGAGAAGGGGCACUGGGAGCGGCGCAUCAAGGAGCUGGGUGGCCCGGACUACUCCAAGGCGGCGGGCAAGGUGACGGACAGCAAGGGGAGAGAGGUGGCGGAGCUGACAGGCAAGGGCCGCGGCUACACCUACUUUGGCGCCGCCAAGAAGCUGCCGGGCGUGAAGGAGCUGUUCGAGGCGGAGCCGGUCAAGGUGGCGCGGCGCUCGCGCUUCCAGAUGCACCGCGCCAUCGACCCCGACUACUACGGCUUCCGGGACGAGGAGGACGGCGUGCUGGAGCGGGUGGAGGAGGACGCGGAGAAGAUCAUGCGCAUGCAGGCCGUGUUGGACUGGGAGGAGAAGGAGCAGGAGCGGCAGCAGGCACUCUCCUCCGUAGCCGCCCGCAGCGCUGGCGGCGAGGGCGGUGGAGGUGAGGAGGGUGCCCGCUUCGUGGCGUACGUGCCGCUGCCCGACCAGCAGGCCAUCGAGGCCAAGAUCCUGGAGAUGAAGCGCAACGACCUGCUGUCCAAGUACGCCAGUGAGGCGCUGCUGCAGCAGCAGGCGCAGGCCAAGUCGCUGCUGAACAAGAAGUGAGGGUGCGGGCGGAGGCGGGAUGGUGUCACUCUCUUUUGCCGGAGACCUUCAGUGUUGCAGCAUUGCUGAGGUGCCGGUAGGGCAGGUCAAGGCAGCUUGCGACCUUGAUGUGCGGCGUCUGGGGCCCACAAGGGGUGGGGGUGCUGAGAGCGUGCAUACAUGGGUAGCAUGCCGCCAGCACCCGCAGCAGUGUGGUGGUGUUCACAUGACGGCAGGUGCGAAGGCCACGCGUGCAUGAUUUGUGGAGCACCUUUGUGGGGCGAGCUCCUGCUAGGCCAACCCGACGGUGCAAAAUUGAAGCGCUGUGCACAGUUGCGGCCGCGUCUAAACGGAGGGGGGAUGUACCGGUAUGGCCCGGCUUAUGUUUUGUUGCAUGUGUGCGGAGACUUCAACCUUUGACUACCGGUACAUGGAAUGUACGGGAUUCGGAACGGAAGGAAGGCAGGUUGAUUGAUGGAGGAAACGAGGCAUGGCAGCCGCGCCCCUCUUCGAGUCCGCUGUGCGCAGGAGAAGGAGCA